AACAAGCUCUAAUGUGCAGAAGAAAGUCCGUGCAAGUAUUUCUAAAGUUUUAAAUUUAAACACACGUGUAUUUACAAUCAUGGUCAAUACUAAAGAAGAGAUAAUUGAUCAGUUAAGAGCGUCUGUGAAAGAACAGGGUGACCUUGUGAGAAAACUAAAGGAAGAAAAUGCUGAUAAUAUUCAAAUACAACAAGCUGUUCGAGAAUUGAAGCAAAGAAAGAAGUUACUUGAGGAUAAGGAGUUGUCACUUGAUACAAGAUUCUCUAAAUUUGACCGACCAAAAUUUGAGGAUUUCUUAAAAAGAAGGUUCUUCUUUGCAUCAGCCUUCGAAAUUUAUGGAGGAGUUGCUGGCUUAUAUGACUAUGGUCCAUCGGGAUGUGCUAUCGAAGCCAAUGUUGUCAAUUUAUGGCGAUCUCAUUUUGUAUUGGAGGAACAAAUGUUGGAAAUAAAAUCAACACAACUGACACCUCAUGCUGUGCUAAAAGCCUCAGGUCACGUGGACAGAUUUACUGAUUAUAUGGUUAAAGAUGUUAAAACUGGUGAAUGUUAUAGAGCUGAUCAUCUUUUGAAAGCAAUUCUUGAAGGUUUGAUUAAGAAUAAAAAUACUUCUGAUGAUAAAAAGAAAGAAUGUGAACUUGUUCUUGCUCAGCUCGACGAUUUUGAUCAACCAACUUUAGCUGCUAAACUCAAGGAGUACGACGCGAAGUUUCCAGGAACAAACAAUGAAAUUACUGAACCUUCGGAGUUUAACCUCAUGUUUGCCACCUCUAUUGGUCCGACAGGAUUACUACAAGGUUAUCUUCGUCCAGAAACAGCCCAGGGUAUCUUUGUCAACUUUAAACGUUUAUUAGAAUACAACAAUGGCAAGUUACCUUUUGCAUCUGCACAGAUAGGUGGUGCGUUUAGAAAUGAAAUCUCACCUCGAUCGGGUUUGCUUAGAGUAAGGGAAUUCACAUUGGCUGAAAUCGAACAUUUCGUCGACCCUGACGAUAAAAGUCAUCCAAAGUUUGAGAAUAUUGAGAAUGUUGUAGUUACAAUGUUACCAGGAUCUUAUCAAAUGAGAGGAGAACCAGCAUUUAACAUUACUUUAAAAGAAGCUUUUGAGACGAAAGUCAUCAAUAGUACAACAGUUGGUUAUUUUAUUGGCCGCGUUCAUCUUUUCCUUUGUAAAAUUGGGAUUGAUUCAAGCCAAUUGCGAUUUCGUCAACAUUUAGCAAAUGAAAUGGCUCAUUAUGCUUGUGACUGCUGGGAUGCAGAAAUUAAGAAUUCUUAUGGUUGGAUUGAAAGUGUUGGCAUUGCUGACCGUGCUUGUUAUGAUCUUAGUGUUCAUACAAAAUGUAGUGGCACAAAAAUGGUAGCUCAAGUUGAUCUAUCGGAACCUAAAACUGUUAAAGUUGUCGAAGCCAUAUUAAACAAAGCACCAAUUGGAAAAUAUUUUAAAAAGGAUGCGAAACAAGUCACUGAAUAUUUGACUAAUCUUUCUGAACAAGAAGUCGAUGAACUAGAAAAUUCUUUAAAAGAAAAUGGGAAUUAUGUGAUGAAGAUUAAUGGACAAGAAUUUAUUGUUACCAAAGAAAUGAUAAAGGAAAUCAAGAGAUAUGAGAAAGAAAUCUAUGUAAGGGAAGUUGAACCACACGUUAUUGAACCGUCUUUUGGUAUUGGAAGAAUUAUUUAUUCAUUACUGGAACAUAAUUUUCAUGUACGCGAAGAGGAUGAUCAAAGAACAUGGCUUUCUCUACCUCCACUUAUCGCUCCUGUCAAGUGUUCAUUACUUCCUCUCAGUAGAAAUAAGGAAUUUGAUCCUUUUGUCAAAAAAUUAUCAAAUGGUUUGAAUGAAUUUGAUAUGAGCCAUCGUAUUGAUGAUUCAGGAGGUUCAAUAGGAAGACGUUAUGCACGAACAGAUGAAAUAGGUAUACCUUUUGGUGUAACUGUUGAUUUUGAUACGGUGAAUCAGAAACCAUCCACUGUAACUUUACGGGAACGAAAUUCAAUGAAACAGAUCAGAAUACCGAUUGACAUUUUACCAAGGUCAGUAAGUGAUCUUGUUCAUGGCAGACGUUCGUGGCAAAGUUUUGUUGAUGAAUAUGGAUACUUCAUGGGUCAAGAAUCAACGAAAUGAAAAAAAAUGAAACGCUAAAACAUAUUUUUAAUAGUUAUACAUAAAAUUAUUUCUCUGAAUUAAAGCUUCUCAAUAA